UGUGCCGAAUAACAACAGCAAUCCGUGCUCUGUGUGCAUUCAAGUCCGAAAAAAAUGUCGCUAAAUCUAGGUGACCCGUUCCCCAACUUCACGGCCGACACCACGAUCGGUUCGAUCGAUUUCCAUCAGUGGAUGGGCGAUAGCUGGGCGAUCCUGUUUUCGCAUCCGGCUGACUACACACCGGUCUGCACGACGGAGCUGGCGGCCGUUGCGAAGCUGAUUCCGGAGUUUGCCAAGCGGAAUGUGAAACCGAUCGCGCUGUCCUGCGACUCGGUUGCCUCUCAUCGAGGAUGGAUCGAGGAUAUUAAGGCGUACGGUGGUCUGCAGCAAGAGUCAUCCGGCGGAGGAGCCAGUGGUGAUGGUGCAUUCCCGUUCCCCAUAAUCGACGAUGCAAAGCGCGAGCUAGCCGUCAAGCUAAACAUGCUCGAUCGGGACGAGAUCGGUGCGGCCGGACUUCCGCUUACUUGCCGCGCCGUCUUCGUGAUCGAUCCGAGCAAGAAGCUGCGUCUGCUCAUCCUCUAUCCGGCUACGACGGGACGGAACUUUGGCGAAAUCCUACGCACCAUCGAUUCCAUGCAGUUAACCGAUAAGCGCAAGGUGGCGACACCGGCCGACUGGAAGCAGGGUGAAUCGUGCAUGGUGCUACCGACGGUUAAGGAUGAGCAGCUGAGUGAACUGUUCCCGGCGGGCGUUACCAGCGUCUCACUCCCAUCCGGCAAAGGUUACUUACGGCGUACCGAGUGUCCCAAGUAAGCCCUAACCCGGUCCAAAAGGGUAAUCGUUACUUAACAUACGCAAACACACUUACAAUUCCUUAUCAGUCGAUUGUGAUAAGCCAACGCGUGGGGCGGAAUAAUGAUACUACGUUUUUUGAAGAUAAAAUGGAGUAACAAAACCCACA